CAUGUCUGUCUACAGCUGCUCAAGCCUUUGAGUGUAUAAAGUCAAGCUAAUCUUACACUGACAGUUCUCAGAAAUCUUGCAUAUCAAAUAUGCCUUCAGGCAUCUCAUGUAAUUGGUCAAUAUUAAUAGCUUUUUAGCUACACUGAGACAACUUUGUUUGAGGCCUGUUAUAUACAUGAAGCUCCAGCUCUAGCCUUCCUUUAAAAACACUAAUCAUGGAUAUCAAAACCUUACUUCACAAUCUUCACGACGAACUAUCCUGUUCUGUGUGUAUGGUCACAUUUACUGAACCUAAACAGCUGCCAUGUUUGCACAGUUUCUGCCUUCACUGUUUACAAGGAAUUCAAAGGACGAGUGGCCGCCAUGACGUCAUAACAUGUCCUGAAUGUCGAAGGGAAAGUCAAGUCCCUGGAGGAAAUCUUCACGAUCUGCCCACCAAUUUUCGCAUCAACAGUUUACUGGAUGUGUUGGCCAUCAGAGAUUGCAAUACUGCUGGAGUGAAAUGUGGAAACUGCGACAAAAGUAGCAGACACAGUUCGUACUGUUUUCAGUGUUGUGCGUUCUGGUGUGACAUGUGUAUCAAUGCGCAUAACUUAAUCAAAGCCAAUAAAGGCCAUCGAGUUCUUGCGCUUAAGGAUUUUCAAGAUCAAGACAUCACGAAUGUGUUAAAACGACCAGCAUUUUGCCCACGACCGGGCCACGAAAAGAAAGAAUUGGAAUUCUUUUGUAAGAAAUGUAAACAAGCCAUUUGCAGUUCUUGCGUAGCAACCACUCACGAUGGACAUGUUAAGAUACUCUUAGAAGAAGCGGCAAAUGAAAAGAAAUCGCAAGUCAUGUCUGCGAUUGACUCCAAGAAGAAAAAAGCGCAAAAGAUGAGAAACAAAAUUUCCAAACUUGACGAAAGCUGUGAUAAAAUCCAGACACGACUCGCCAGAGUAAAAAGAAGUGCGCAACAGUUUGCAGAGAGCAUAAUCGUUGUCAUCGAAGCGAAGAAACAGGAAAUCUUUCAUGAGGCGGACCAUCAAGCGCACCAAUCCUUGGAAAGUUUACGAAUACGAAGAAACGAGAUUGAAAACAAAGUGAAAACGAUCGAAACAGCAGUAGGAAAAACUGAAACACUAAUAAAGCGAAGCACAAACGCAGAGCUUGCACAGUUAGAUGAAUCACAAGAUACAUCACUCCCAGAAAGAGUCAGCGAUGAGAGAGAUGAGAUCGACUACGAAUUUGAAGAUUUAAGUGAACUUAUUUUCGAGGAAAACGAAGCCUUGAAGACAAAAGCAAUCGCUGAAGGGAUAGGAUUAAUAAAAACGAUUCUCAGUGAGACGAAAGCGGAUCAAUCAGUUGCUGAAGGAACGGGACUCACUGAAGCGAUUGUUGGAAUUGAAGCCAACUUUGUGUUAACAACUAGAAACGCUGAAGGAAAACAAUGCUAUCAAAACCGUGACCGAGUAACGGUGGAAAUCGAAAAUCAACAAGGCCAUGACUGUGCGACGGAAGUGCGAGUCCAAGAUAACAAAAGUGGCAACUACAAGAUCAGCUAUUUUGCCAAGGAAACCGGAGCAUGCAGGGCAGUAGUCAAAGUAAACGAAGAACAAGUUCGAGACAGUCCCUUUCCGGUUCAAGUGAAACCCAGACAAUUCAGACCCGUGUUAUCUUUUGGCCAACAAGGUUCGUCUGCUGGAACGUUCAAGGAACCAUUUGGAGUGGCAGUGAAUGCACGCGAUGAAAUUGCGGUCACCGAAAACGGUAACGACAGGGUUCAGGUAUUCAGUAGUAAUGGAACUUACUUGAGAUCUUUUGGUAGAAAGGGUAAUAACCAGGGAGAAUUCACCCGCCCUAGGGGAAUAGCAUGUAAUAAGAAUAAUAACAUUAUAGUGGUGGAUACUGCUAACCACCGUGUUCAAUUGUUCAGUGAGCAGGGCGAAUACCUGAGCCAGUUCGGUGGUAGAGGAAAUCUUGAUCACCAGCUGUACUUACCCCAUGGUUUAUCUGUAGACAAUGAAGGCAAUAUUGUCGUUGGUGAUACUGGUAACAAAUCAAUUAAGAUAUUUUCUCCUGAUGGCCAUUAUUUGAGUAAAAUAGGAGGUGAUGGUUCUUUUACCUUUCCCUUUGACUGUGUGCAAUAUGAGAAAUAUCUCAUGGUGUCAGACGAUGGUGAUGACUGUAUCAAAGUGUUUGAUAGGAGUGGUCAUUUUCUGUACAAAUUUGGAAAGAAGGGGGAAGGGGAUGGGGAGUUCAAUGAACCUAAGUGUUUGUCAGUUAACAAGGCAGGACACCUGAUGGUCUGUGACUUAAACAAUCACAGAGUUCAGGUAUUUGAGCUGACUGGAAAGUUUGUAGCCAAAUUUGGAUCAAAAGGAGAGAAUAAAGGAGAAUUUAAUGUUCCUACCUCUACUGCAGUGCUCAGUGAUGGUCGAAUAGUUGUGUCGGACUUUUAUAACCAUCGUAUUCAGAUAUUUGAGUAGCCUUAACAUCACUAUGCCUUACAAGAUUUGAAUUGAUUUUAACAAA